CCCCCCCCCCCCCCCCCCCCCCCCCCCCCCCCCCCCCCCCCCCCCCCCCCCCCCCCCCCCCCCCCCCCCCCCCCCCCCCCCCCCCCCCCCCCCCCCCCCCCCCUAGAGAAAAGUAUCGUUCAAAUUAGGUUCCAUUUCAAUUUUUGUAUUAAUCAUAUUGAUUAUUUCAUUACAAUUAUUAUUUACAAGGUUUGUAUUUCUGUAUAUUCGAUUUGCACUAUUUCUGAUAUGAUUAUUCAUUUUAAGAAGAUCCGGUAUAUCUAUCAAAAUACGCUGUAUACAACUCUUGAUUUUUCAUGAAUAUUCAGACGUUUUUCUAAAGUUUGCUUCGUUUCAACAUUUGUCAAUAUGAAUUUUUUUCUUUCUAUGAUUUUUGAUAUAUCAGCUAAAAUAAUAUCUUUUGAAUUUAUAUGUAUUUCCAAUAAUGAUGUAUAAUGCCUUGAUUUUUUAUUAUUAAAUUCAAGUUUAUUAUGCAUUUGAUUUUUUGUGAUUUAAUACCAAAACGAAGAAAUUCUUUUAUUGUUAAUUGCCAAUGAUCUGAAAGAUUUUCACAAUAUUGUUUUAAUCUUGGGCGAUGUCCCGGUAGUUUCUCUAUAAGUUCUGAUAUAUCUUUUAAAAUACUUGAUUUCAUACACAUAUCCAAAAAUUUUAUUUCAUCAAUGAUUUCUAGUUGCACAAUUUUUUGAAAAUUUUUAAAUAAUUCACUUAAUAUAUGAUAUUCAUCGGAACAAAUAUUUCUGGAUAAACUGAGAAUCAAUGUAUCAAUUGUAUGCCACACUGUAUGCUAAUAUGUGAUAUAAUCGUGCUAUCACUGCAGAAAUUCUCGAAAAUAAAGUCAAAAAUAAUAACAAAUGAAUAACUCACUUUGUGUCAUCAUAUGAGCGGUGAUAAAACCAAUUGCUUCAGUAUUGUGAUUGACUGACUGACAUUAUUGACAAUACCGAAUGGAUUUGUACUGUAAGAAAAUACCAUAUGAGUUGUUUGUAAUAAUAAACAUUUUGUAUUUGUUUGUAAUUGUAAUUCAAACGAUCUCAUUAAUUUUAGUAAUUCUAAUUACGUUGUUGGUAAACGAUAGUCUAUUUUGUCACUUUCAUCAUUUUUAAUAAUUUUAAAUAAAUUCAUUCAUUGGUUCUGCUGUACCUCGUUGUAUUUGCAUAUAACGACAACCAAUCAUAAGCAGAGUAAAUAAAACGUUUAAACUCAUAUAAUGAUCGUCACAUAUGUAAUGUUCUCUGUUUUUCAGUUAAAAAUAUUUCAAUAGUUGAUGCGUCUUUUUUAAUACGAUCACGUAUAUUUUUUCCAUUCUCUGUAAUAUCAUUACUACCAUGGUUUGAUUGUAUUGAUGUGAUGAACAAAUGACAUUUUUCAAAUGUCCAACGAUCUAAAUUACAAAAUACUUGAUUUUUCUUUUCUUCUGCAUAAAGUUUCAUUUGGUGGGUUAUUAGUAUUUCUGAACAAGCUUGCCAACUUUGAAUCGAAUUCUCUAAUGAACCAGAGACUGGAUAAGUACAAGUGAAAAUACUUGUCACGUAAAAAUUGUACUUUGGACUUUUACUCAAGUACAAUUACGUAAGUAUAUUUGUACUAAGUGCUGGUACUUCAGCGCAUUAGUACUAAGUACCGAUACUUCAGUACAUUUGUAAGUAAAGUACAUUCACUAUGAAUGACAACCACAAGUUAAUUGAAAAUAAACAUAUGAUGGAAUUUGGAAGGUGAGCUUUAUAGGAAAAUGUGAAAGCACGACUUGGAUUAAUCCGACAUGUUUUUUGUGAUUUAAUCAUAAAAUCACUAAACAGACGCAACAAAUAUAAAUUUUAUGCACCCGCAUAUUGACGAGAAAGAUGCGCACAAGCACCACGUCGCUUCUUGAAAGCAUCUAGAUCUGCUUCUGACUGGUGUAGUUCAUGUUAUAGCAAGACGGAGAAAACAAAAAAAUCACUCCGCGGCGGGGAAUCGAACCCCGGUUUCCCGCGUGACAGGCGGGGAUACUAACCACUAUACUACCGCGGACACAUUUCUUGUUUCAUAUACUGAUUGUCUCCAAUCCGAUCAGGGACUGGAUGAGUACAAGUACAGCAAGUACAAGUGAAAAUACUUGUCACGUAAAAAUUGUACUUUGGACUUUUACUCGAGUACAAUUACUUAAGUAUAUUUGUACUAAGUGCAAGUAUUAAUGAAAUUAUUUAUUGUGUUUCAUCAUUAUUACGUGUGUUAAUGAAUACUUGAACAUAUUUGGAAAAAACACAGAUUGUCGAAACACUGUUUAUCCGUUACAUAAAUCUCUCUAUAUUUUUUUUCUUUCUAUCCAGCUAUGAUAUAACUUUUCGAUCGAUUUUCUCUUUCCAAAAUCGAUGGAAAAGUUCAUUUAAAUAUAUGAAAGAUAUUUUAACACAAAAAUAUUGAAAAGAUCUAAAUAAUGAAUUAGGAACAUUGAAACAUAUACCACAAAAUCCUCUUUAUUCAUUAGCAAAAUAAAUUGAAAAGUUCAAUAUGCCAGCCCGCUAUUUCCAGAAUUUUUAAAAUAGUACAGACUUGAAACAUAUUUUGCUAUUUUGCAACAGCUGAUUCCAGUACAAAAUGAACCAUGGUAAUCGAUUAAAAAGUGUUUAACAAAAUUUUGGAAUCUAUUAUACUCAAUGAACGAUGAACAGUCGUCGAUCUGAUUGAUUUUUAGUGAAAUUUGCUUGUUUCUUAGAGAAUACCGUCAAAAUGUAUUAUGGGAUACAAUCAAUGAAAAAUAUCUAUUAUUAAUGAAACAGAUAACACGGCAAGAAUUAACUGAUUUUAUUGAUUUAUUCGGAAAUAUCGAUCCAAAAAUGUCACCAAUAAGAGAAAAGCUUUGGGACACAAUUUGGGACACACAAAGGGCUUUGGGAACAAAUAAUGAAAUUGUGCGAAGUUUUAUCAAUAGAAAUGGACUAAAUGAAUAUAAAACAAAGCAGAAAUAGCUAGAACUAUUUUAUCCACGAUUACAUCAAAUUCAUCGAUAAUUGAUACAUUACAUCGACUUAAAUCUUGUGUAUCAUAAAACAUUACAAUCUCAAAGACAGUUGUAUAUUGAUUUAAUUCAAAUACAUGAAACUCUAUCUAACACCGCUUUGAAUGAUCAUAAUGAAAAAGAAAAGCAAUAUCAAUUACUAUAAAAUUAUUUCGUCAUGGGUAACAUUAUUAAAUUAAAAAUGUGAAAAAACAAGACGUUUAUACGAAUCAUUGUCAUCAAUAUUAACCUCUUUUCAUGGUCUUAUAUCAGGCGAAAAACUUUCGUACAAAGAACAAUAACUCUUUUUUUGACCGACUAGCCAAAACUGAACCAUUCAAACUAUCUCCUGAUAUCACUGAUCAUGAUGCGACGACAGACACAAAUGAAUAUCUAUCUCGAAGCACUUGCACAAGACACUACAAAACUGAUCGAUCAGAUAAAAUUAAGAACAAAAAAUCAUCCAAGUAUAAACCAAGACCAAAUCAAGCAGCUGUUAGUUGUGUUCAAAAUGUGGCUAUGCUUCAGCAUGAAAUUAUCAAUAGUGGAACAACAACAACGACACUACGUGAGUUUAAUGAUAUUCAAGCAGAAAUUGAAAGUCCAUCUGCACAAAACCGACCACCGUUUAUCAUUUAUCUGUUCGUAAUGAUAAGUACAAAUUGUCGAGAUCUCCACCUCAGUGAUAUUGAAGACAAUAAAGAAGAUAUAACAUUGAUAUGGUUAGAUAAAAAUAUAGAUGAUUCUGAUGAUUCUCGAAACAUGCAAAUAUUAUUAUGUGAAUUAAACACUUGUCAUGUUCUUCGUGAAAUGCAAUCAUUUUCAACAAUUGAUUCGAUAUUUAUUUUUUGUGUUGAUGGUAAAAAUCAGUAUAUGUCACUUCUGAAUGACUGUACUAAAUUAUUGGAUAUAUUUACAAGAAAAGAUUCAUUGGUGGAAGCAAUUCGUAACACAAUUCGUCUGAUAUCAAGACAAACAUUGGCAUUCAGUUUAUUUGAUCAUCAACAACAAAAAUCAACUAGAAAUUUAGCAAAAGAUUCAGCAUCAUUUUUAUGGUAUCAAUUGCUAGUGGAUGUUUUAAAGCAACUGCCAAAAAAUGAACAUGCUAAGCAAGAUAUGAUCGAUACAUGUUUUGAUUAUUAUCGAACAAAUAGAUAG